CCCCUUUUCCUUUAGGGUCGAUUUUCUAUUUACACUUUAAAGUAAUAUCGAUUUUUCCAACAUCGUAUGAAUGCUUGAAUUUAAAAUACCCUACUUGUUCGUAGUUUACAUAACAUAGUCAUUAAAGAACGCAUACCAUUCUUUCAAAUAUUUGAGACCUUUUUAAUGUACAACAGAGACAAUAAUUGUUAUUUGUCUCUGGUACAACAUGUCGAACGGUUAUAGGKGUURAGAGAAUAAUAAAAAAAAAGAAAAAAAGAAUAAAAUGUCUGUWUUUUCCUCAAAAAACYAUUCAACAGAACUAUUAGACAUAUAACAAUAAAGUUCUUAAGCAGAUWAUUGGUACAUAGUUCCAGAAGUUCCGGAAGUUCCAGUACAAAAUCCACAAGAUGUUUUUCCUUCAUGAAUCGAUACACCCUCAGAUUAGGCGCCGGUUGACUCUGGCUUGGCAAGCUGCAACGGUCGGUUUGAAUAAACUGCCAAAAAAUGAAGUCGUCCAAUUGGACGUUGUUAAGUUAUGCGAGGAUGUUAAUCGCUUUUUGCAUAGCAAUUCCUCAGAUCCAAAAAAGAGAUUAUCACUGAGGCUGUCCGCAAUGCUUACUCAUGGGACAGUUUUGAUUUGGAAUAGGCAAAUUAAAUUUUGUUUAGACGGUGUUCUCCAUUUCUUCAUACAUUUACAAGAAAAGAAGAACAAAAAUAUGGAACUGAUGGUGAUUGGAGGCGGUGAAAUACCGAAAACAAAAACGGUUGUAAAACGUCCGAGGGAAAAGAAGAGAAAGAUUCCAGCUGACAGUUUGUUUUCCAGCACAAACUUGGAGAUUGAUAUAUCCCCAGAAGCAAUUGAACAAUUGUUUAGCAACGAACAAUCGGUUUUAAGUAAGACGUUGGCAGAAAUAACACUUCGGGAAGAUGAACCCUUACAGCAGAAGAACGAUCCUCAAGACGACUGGUUCGGAGAACAACCGCGUCCUCUGUCAACAACGCCUGGCGUUCUAGCUCCGGAGAUACGUUUACCGGCUGUACAGUCAAAAGAUAUAGCGACUAUAGCGACCGAAGAACCAGAGCAUAUGCCAAUUGUAUCACCAGAGCAAGCAAAUAAAGAAAACGAACCUAUUCCUCUGCCUCCUAUGCCAACCGGAAGAAAACCGGAUCGAUCUGCGCAACUCCGGGCGCCGAAAAAAGUCAAAAAUUUUGCGAGAGCCCUUUGUGUAAAAAGAACAAAUCCAAAAGUCGUCCCAAUCAACUGUUAUAAGGAACGAGUUUACGAUGACGUGAACUACACGGAAUUGAGCAAGAAUAUGGAUGAGCCCUUGCCUCAAUUUUUUAAUUUUGAGAACUUCUGGCAAGGGCCUGUGUUUGUUGACGGACAGAAAGGUUCUACAUUUUUGGCUUCAGGCCCAUCAGAUGUGAGGAAUAUUCGAUCUGUUAGUCGAACCAUAUCAGAACUGAAUGAGGCUUUCAGCAAUCUUCAACCGGACACGCCCGCCGAAGUUAUCAGAUCUUUGCGACCUACUGAAACAACAAUUGGCUCUUCUCGCCUCCCAACUCCAAAUGCACGGACUGUAGAUAUGAUUGAAUCUUUGAAUGAAGAUUUGCCACCAGCUGCAGCGAACGGACGACGGCGUCCAGUAGAAAAAAUACAACGCAUGCCUGGUCUACCCAGCAAUACCGACCAAGCAGGCAUACUUUCAAAGCAACAGAAAGAAAUAGACCAGUCGAUCAAUGCGUCGAUUGGCCAUGACGUGGUGGAAUUACAUGAACAAGUACAAGUCAGAUCUCAGGAGACAAGCGUGUUCGGUGGAAAAUGGGCUGAUCAAAUACUGGCGUUAAUGAGAAACUAUCCAAGACUUACGCCUGUGGAAAUUUGCCAGCAUCUCAACGCAAAGAUGAGUAAACUGAACAUGGCAACCAUUUUCGCAUCCUUGUUGGCGUUGGCAAAGAACGGAUCUGUGACACUUCAUUCGUUUCCGGAUAGCAAUGAAUUUGAAUAUGCUGAGAAAAAACGUAACGCUUAGAAGCUUAGAAAUUGUGGUGUUUGUUUAUGUUUUUUGCAACGUUUUUUGCAACGGUUUGGCAACGCUUGGUUUUUUCGCUUUUAUUCGUUUUAAUGAACAAUGUUGUGUUCACAUUUUCUCAGUAUUUUAUAGUAACAUAAUUGAUAUAUAGUUUUUUCUUUAAAUAGGGGACAUUUGUUGAUAAUUCUAGUGAAUUUUUAUUAUUGUUAACCGAUAGGAAAUGUCGAACUGAUGUAAAGUUUGUUCAUCAUAAUUGCUGAGUUUUUAAAUCACAAAAUUAGGUUUAAGUGAACAAAAUAUUUAAACGUUUUGAUUGUCAAUUAAAAUAUUUAUGCCUGAAAAUGUGUAACCUCACAUUUGGAACUCAUUAUCAUUCGGUUUCUAAUGUAUGUGACAUUUUAGGGCCAGAAAAAUAUAGGUUAGUACCUAAUUGCAAUAAAAUUAUAAGCAACUGUAUAAAAAUAAAAAAAAAUUUUUAGAA